UGGUCUAUUACUAAAUAAUAGACCUGUUUAUUGUUGGGCCACUGCUGGGCUGGUUUUUCAGUUUUCUUAUUGUUGGUGUUUUUUAACCGAAGUAGCGAAUUUUACAGAUUUAAAAUUUCUUUCUCAUUGUUAUCUACACAAAUAAAAGGUUGUAAAUUUUCUCCUUUAAUUAUUUCUAAUCUAUUCUAGUAAACGUUUAUUAGAAAUGUAAAAUAAAGUUAGAAACCGGUAGUUAAAAGGUGUUUCUUAGCAAUUCUUGUGAUAUUUAUGAUGGAUGCUGAGUUUACGGGCCGUAGUUUACGGAUUUCUGUACAGUGGUGGGGAAAAAGUGGAUCGGUCACAUGGCGUCUGAUCUAAGCAAAUGUAGUAAGAGCAAAAACAAUUUCAAGCUUUAUGAGAAAACGUAGUUGAUAUGCAUUCGUGUAUUCAGUGAAAUAACCAUGUUAUACUUAUUUUCUGAAAAUAGGCUAAUAUCUCACUGGCAGUAAGAGGGUAAAUUUCAAUCGAAAUAAAGGAAUUCCCGUGGCGUGUUAAACAAACAUAUUACUUUUGGUCAGCAAAAAAAUGUCAAAAUAUAUUUAGCGUUAUUAUUCAAUUUCUGGAGAGUGGGUUGCUUCAGAUUCAAUUAGGGCGGGCACUAUGUUCAGGUUUAUCAUAAACACUUUUAAUGACUGUUGGUUUUUAUGUAGCAAUAGUAAAAGGAACUUAAUUGUGGCAAUGCGGCAAUAGUCGGUACUUACUGCAGUUAAGAGGUGGUCUUAUGGCGCAUUUAUUUAUAAUUACCAAGACAGUUUGUUGAGUCACGUUUUAGUUCAUAUGCAAUAAAUCUCUAAAAGGUUUGUUAAUUAUUAUAGUGGGUUAGCUAUAAGCCAAAUAUGGCUUUUUUCGGUAUUUACUUAUUAUCUUUAUUGUUUAUUUUAUUGCACACAUGGAAACGCGAAACCGGAAAAGGCGCCGUCCGUCGGUCAAACUACACCAGCAUCCCAGCCAAAACCUACCUGGCACCAGCCAACAACCCCGUCAGCUGCCUUCCAUCCAAAUGCCCGAUCAGCUGCCUCCCAGCCAACAGCCUGUCCAGCUGCCUCCAAACCAACAGCCUGUUCAGCUGCCUCUCACCCCCAGCCAUCGACUCGGCCAAUGGUCUUCAAACCAACAGUCCGGCCAUCAACCCGACCAGCUGCCUCUCAGUCAACAACUGGGCGACCAGAUGCAGCCUGCAGCAAGCCAGCCAGAUCCGGCUGUUCAAUCGGAAUUGGAGCAGCAACUGCAGCUUCCCAACUAGGCUAUUCAGUGGAGAUCAUUAAACAGGCAGGCAGAUGGGCUUCCAAUGCCUACCAAACAUAUGUUCGUCCUGUUCCUGUUGUCAUGCCCAGCCUAAUAAAUAACCCCCAUUAAAAAGGUAUGGUUCAUAUAGUUAGAUUCAUGUGACUAACAAAAACCAAGUUGUAUUUCGGGAAAACCAUCUGGAUACUGGGUUCAUCAAUAAUCAAGCAAGCCUUCAUAGCAGCAAGAUUACGACCUGAAGGGGCCAACCUCUGCCUUGAACCCAACAUCAUCUGGUGGCAAGGGUACAGUGGGUUAACACUUGCAGAAUCAAAGAAAAAAAUUUCUUUCGCUUGCCAAUGUGGGUAAUUCUCCAGACUAUAUUGUGUUACAUUUAGGUGGUAAUGAUCUUGGUCGUCGGUCACUGGUGGACCUUCGAAAAUUGAUUGUCGAGCUAUUCAGGACUAUACUGUCUAUAUUUCCAAGUGUUAAGAUUGUAUGGUCUGCAGUGCUUCCAAGGUCAAAUUGGAGAUAUUCUGAUAAUAAAGUUGCUAUGGACAAAGCAAGAAAGCGCCUUAAUAGUCAUGGUUCAUCUAGGGCUUUGGCAUGUGGAGGGCAUUACUUGGCCAACUCUGACUUUGGAAAAUUUGAGGUUUGAGAAGG